AAAAACAGUAUAUUGCCACCGGCAACAUGUGAUCAAGAUAAGUGAAUUCCAGUUCUGUUUUCAAAUGUAAAUAAAUAAUCUAGUUAAUUAGGUUAAUUGAACAGUGACUGUAAAGGAAGUUGGAUGAAAGAAUUAUUGCAGUUUGUUGGUUUUCCUCCAGCGUCUUAUCUAUUUCCCUUUCAGAGAAAAAUAAAUAUAAAUUCGGUGAUUAUAGGGAAAUUAUUCUUUAAUUAUGUAUCAAUCAGCUUUGCUCAUUUUGACUGGUUCAAUACGCUUAGUUAUAGAAUCUAUUGGACAAUAUUUAAACACAGCUAAUAAAAAAGUGACAAAACGCUUGUAUGUGAAGUUAGAGCCAGAAUUCUCAAAACCUGCAUCAAAAUCUGACUUAAAUACCCUUUCUUGUUUAUCAUCUGCUGUGCCAUUGGUGUAUAACAAGGCGUCUUCAGUUUGUAAACACCUAGACGUUCGAGUUCUCGUAGCCUCCUUGCAAACCCCCAAAAGAGACAAAUAUACUCAUAUAAAUUUUGAUGUUAUUUUUACUAACAGUAUAGAGGAAGACAAAUUAAUAAGUAACUAUGUAAAUGAUGUGUUUAGUAAUGUCUCUUGCAGCGUUAUCAAAUUAGACAAUGUAACCUUGUCUACUACUGAAAAUGGUUGCAAUAUAUUUCAAAUAUCUGAUUAUAAUGCCUACAAGACCGUUUGUUUGGGCGGCACAUUCGAUAGGCUUCACAAUGGGCAUAAAGUUCUUUUAUCCGAAGCUGUCUUAAGAGCUCGUGAGAAAUUGAUUGUUGGAGUCUCAGAUUUCAAAAUGAUAAAAAAGAAAGUUCUUUGGGAACUGAUUGAACCAAUUGAGAAACGUAUGGAAGAAGUUUCAAAGUUUCUUUUUGAGAUAGAUCCGUCCCUAGUUUACGAUGUAGUGCCCAUAUCCGAUCCUUUCGGUCCGACCAUUACAGAUCCUAACAUCGACUGCAUAGUGGUUACUACUGAAACGAAAGCCGGAGGUGAAAAAGUUAAUAUUGAACGGACAAAAAAAGAGAUGUCUGCCCUGGAUAUUGUCAUAGUAGAUGUUCUAGAAAAUUCAGAAAGAAAUUCUCACGAAGAAGAGAAAAUCAGUUCAUCAACAAACAGAAUGCAUCUGCUUGGAAUGCCACAAAAAGUCAUUCAGGUUUCUUCCAAUUUUAAGAGGCCAUAUUGCAUUUUAUUCCGUGGUAAUUUUAUGAGUGGAAAAUCGUUCAUAGCCAACAGGUUUCAGUUUCUGGGUUUACCGGUUCUUUGCUGUGAUGAAAUACUCAAAGCCAUUUUCAACAAGGAUGCUGAACUGCGCAGAAAAGUCAUAGAGAGGAUCUUUCAAAACCCCUCUGAUACACUGGAUUUUGAAAAGUUAGCUCUCCAGUGCUUAAAAAACAAGGAACAUAAGGUUUGGUUAUGUGAAUUGGUUUUGUCCAAAAUGAAGACAUCUCUUCAACAAGUGUUGAAAGUUUAUUCUGAUCAAGGCUCUCAUGUUGUCUUAGUUAAAGAUUCUGCUAUAUUAGAAGGAUGUGAUCUAGAAGUUAAUAUUAAUGAAAUUUGGGCUGCAAUAGUUCCUAUAAAUGAGGCCUUAAAAAAAUUAAACGAUGUUUACGAUCUGACCCAAGAUGAGGCGCUGGAAAUCGUCCAAUGUUUGCCCCCAAACGAAGAGUAUGUUGCAGCAGCCAAUAUUCUCUUUUGCAAUAUGUGGUCUACAAAUGCCAUUCAAGCUCAGGUAAACCAUUCUGGCACAAUUUAUUUUUGUUAAAAUAUGUUCUGCCUG